AUGAGCAAAGAGUCAGCCAUCGAAACAGAGGCGCCUAAAACCGAUCCGUCGCCCUCAAGAACACGCCGCAGGUCAACUGCCACGUCACCGAGCCUCAAGCAGCUGAUCCAACUGAUUCCCCAGAUUGUUAUCGCCGUUCGUGGACGCUUCGACGGUCUGACCAACGAGGUCACCGGCUUUCUCAAGCGUAUCCCCGUUACAAAUACAAAAGGCGAGGCUCUAGGGCUCUUCGUGACAAAAGCCGAUCAGCUAACCGUCUUCCAGGCCUUGAUUGAUUCACGUUUCGUCCUGACGGUCGCGCUCGACACCCUGAAGCCCACAGUUGCCAACAUCAGCUCGUCCUUCAAGACGCACAUGGACGUUCUUCCCGGCCUGCUCCAAGCGCAGAGCUUCGCGUCCAUCCAAGAGAACAAAGACGGGCAGGUGGAGACCCUGAAUCACAACGAAAUCCAGAACCGGGCCGAUGACGCCUGCCGCUGGCUCACAUCCGACGAUGCCUUCACGCCCUGGUUGUUGAGUCGAGACUCGAAUGCCUUGGCCCUGUUUGGCGACAUGGGCUCUGGCAAGACCAUGACGACAGCUUUCGUGGCAGACUCGCUGGCAAAGACGGAGCGCCCGUUGUGUGCAUAUUACUGCAAGGACGAGCAAAAGUUGAGCAAGUUGAGAAACAUCUAUCGGAGCAUCCUGUUCCAGUUCGUGAUACAAGGAAACGGGCCCGAUAAUCGAGGGAACCCAACCGAAUCCGAUACCAAGUUGCGCAAUAUCCUGUUCGACAUAAUCUCUUCGUCUUACCUGCCCGUCUUCGUCGUUGUGGACGCCCUCGACGAAUGCGGAACCCGCGCUCGGAAGCAGUUCCUGUCUCUGUUUCAUGAGCUGCUCCAAAACAAGGCUCCGCUCAAACUUCUUGUCUCUUCGAGAUAUAGCGAUGCCAUCGAGGCUGAUUUUCCGUCAGGAUUCGCCCGUGCCGAGCCCCGCCUGUUUCCCGCCAGAGACGGGGCCAUUGCCACAUACCUUGUCGAGCAGACGGAUAUCCCCCGCCUACUUCGUCAGGCGUUGGUUGCGCUCGAAAUAUUCUCUGUUGCUCAACGCCCUCUCAACCCAGACGAGUUCGCCCAGGCCGUCUUCACUAUCAACCCCGUGGGCGAGGAUCCACCGACGCUUACCGAGCUGGACGAAUCCUCUCAAAGCGUCGACAUAAGUCGGCUCGUCCGGCCCUUCAUCACCGUCAUUCAUAGCAAAGGAGAGAAGCGUAUGCGCCUCAUUCAUCAGUCCCUCAAGGAGCUGGUCCUUACAGCUUCGCCUUCAGAAUAUAUUUGCGUUGGCGGCGUGCUCGGCGACAACGGGGCAGACAGCAAAUCCCCGACAGGCACGGCAACCCCCAAGUCGGCCCGAUUUCUGGACCUUGGCCCACCCGUGCUGGCUUCGGGGCAAUGGCGGCAACACAACGGUUUUUGUCUUCCCGAGCGCGAUUUUCCUGAACUAAUGGUCCGCCUCAACCCUGUUGUGAUCGCCGCCGUGUUGAGCCCGGCUGCCACUGUCGCCGACCUGCUGAAGCUCAACCUGGACACUUCUGUCCGUACCAUCAACUCAGUAUGGACCGCCGUGCAGUGGUUCAUCUGGCCAGUCGACAUAUCCGCGCUCAAGAACCUCGUCAAAAUCAAAGCCUUCCUGCCGGCCGUCUGCGACCGAGUACUCUUCGGCUGUUUCACGCGGCCGAGCAGCACGCAGAGUUCCGGCACACUAUGCUCGGAGCCGACGCGGAUCUUGGAUUGCGGCAAGCACCAGUCUAUCGGCGAAGCCGCGUACGUCGGGCGCGCCGACGUGGUGCGCUUCCUGUGUGAGCAGGCUUGGCUCGAGCCGCACCGGCGCCAUGUAAACGGGGCAGACAAAACCGUCUUCCGCCAGGCGGUGUGGAAGCCUGACGACGACGUCUUGCGCACACUGAUCCGGUACUGGCCCGGAGGCGUCAACGGCCCCGACAAGGGCGGCUACACCCCGCUGAGUACGCUCCUGUUCAACUACUCCCGAAGCUUCCAGGACGGCGCUGGGUCCUCGGUGCUGUGCACCGCCGUCCGCGAGGGUUCGCUCAGGUGUUGA